AUGGACGACGAAGACGACCAUGAAUUCUCUCAUAGUAUUGUCCUUGAUUAUUUCAAACAAGCUGAAACCACGUUUGAAGAUAUGGAUAUCGCACUGGAAGCGAAAAACCUGCGUGAAUUGUCCCGGCUUGGUCAUUUUCUGAAAGGAAGUUCGGCUGCAAUCGGCUUAAGAAAGGUCAAAGCUACAUGUGAAAAAAUCCAGAAUAUCGGAAACUGCAAAGACGGUGAAAAUGUCCUGACAGUAAAGGAUGCACUUAGUCGGAUCAUACCUCUUUUACCACAAGUAAAGGCUGAAUAUUUUGAAGCAGAAGAAUAUCUCAAGACAUUUUACGAAGAACAAGAAGGCCGAUGA